ACUACGUCUGGCUCUGACAGCUAUAGCUGAGCUGAUAAUCCAGACCAUUUGGAGGAAACAUUUGGGGAGAGAAGAUGAUACCUGUCACUGUGCUGAUCUGGAGUCUGCUGUCGAUAUGGACACUAACUUCUGCUGUUCAGGUUGAAGAUGAACUCAACGAUACUGUCAUUUGCACCAAUGAUCAGAUGCAGGUCAUCAUUCCUAGUGCGUUUUUUCUCAAUAAGGACCCGCCUGUUUAUAUUUCGGAUCUGCACCUCAAUGAUCCUGAAUGUCGAGGUGUCGAGGUCGAGAGCGACUUCGUCUUCAGUAUCAAGACAAACCUCACAGACUGUGGCACUAUUACGGUAUCAGAUGAUACUCACAUCAUGUUUACCAACACAAUCCAAAACAAUGAUACCGAUGUCAUCACUAGAAGCUACAUCAACAUCACAUUUGGCUGUCGAUACCCCAUAAACUACAUGGUGCAGCAGCAAAAUGGAGAGAAUUUGAUCCGAGUGGAUGUCAGGACGAUUACUCUCGAAACAGAAGAUGGGAAUUUCUCCGUCUCUAUGCUGCUGUAUAAAGAUGAAGGAUUUCAAGAUAAAUGGACCACGGUUCCUUCGCUCACACUUGAGGACAACAUCUAUGUUAAAGUUCACAUGGUUCCAGCGAAUUUCUUUUUAAGAGUGGAGAGAUGUUGGGCAACACCAACCAAUGACCCUUACAGCAACAUUCAAUACACUUUCAUCAAAGACAGUUGUCCGGUCUUAUGGAAUGACCAGACAUUGGCUGUGAUGAAGAACGGUCAAGGAUCUGAAGCUUUUUUUAGGAUACAGAUGUUCAAGUUUGUUGGCAGGUCUUACACAGAUGUUUUCCUUCACUGCAACGUCCAGAUCUGUCAUAACACUGGAGGAAUGUGCCAACCUAAUUGCUCUACUGAAGAGACGUCAAUAAGAACACGCAGGGAUGUUUCAUCAUCGCACACGGUCUCGUAUGGACCAAUCAGAAGGCUCGAAGUAAACACAGAGAACACAAGUCAGAGUUCAGAUAUGCCCUCCGUGGAGACGUUUGUGUUGGGCGGUCUUCUGUUCAUCCUCAUCCUCAUCACAGGAGUUUUUGGGAAACUUUGGUUGCAGAGCAGAAACACGUAUCCCGCUCAAGAAGCCCAGCUUACGCUCUCCAACAUCCACCAUAUCUCAGAAGUGGCCAGCUAA